AACCUUAGCAGCCGCUUACCGUUUAUUAUUAUUGUUACUCUUUCAAUGUUCCGACGUGUAAGUCGGGUGUAAUAACAUUUUGACUUUUCCCUUUUCCAUUUUCUAUUUUCCAUCAAACCCGUCUUGUUAAUUUAUUUUUCAUCUGGAAAGCUUCAGAUUGAUAUAAUCCCGACAUCCCUUACUUACAGAGGUACUUCGUAAACCAACAAUCACGAUGGCGUCGUCCAAGCCCGCCGUCCCUCAGAAUGAUAACGUCGCGCACGCCCUUGCCGGCGCCGGCGGCGGGAUCCUCUCCAUUGUCUUGACGUACCCGCUCAUCACCCUCUCUACCCGUGCGCAGGUCGAGUCUAAGCGAGCCGAGACCGCCUUCCUAGCCGCCGUAAAACAGAUCGUUGCACGCGAGGGCGUCUCGGGGCUGUACGCGGGCCUUUCUAGCGCCGUCUUCGGUAUUAGUGUUACCAACUUCGUCUACUACUAUUGGUACGAGUGGACGCGCGGCUUCUUCGAGGCCGCUGCCUCCCGUGCCGGACGGGCUUCUAAGAAGCUCACCGCCGUCGAAGCCAUUAUCGCCGGUGCCAUUGCUGGUUCCGCCACUGUCAUCCUAACCAACCCUAUCUGGGUCGUGAACACGCGCAUGACAACCCGCAAGGGACAAAUCGAGGCCGAGGAGAAUACCGGCGGCGCUCCCGUAGAGAAGAAGAAGAAGCAGCCGACUACUCUGGGUACCCUAUCAGCACUACUACGCGACGAGGGUCCGCAGGCGCUCUUCCGCGGCGUCGUGCCGGCUCUCGUGCUCGUUAUCAACCCCAUAUUGCAGUACACGCUAUUCGAGCAGCUCAAGAAUGCGUACGAACGAAGGCGGAAGCACAACGUAACGCCAACCGUAGCAUUCUUCCUAGGCGCUCUCGGCAAGCUAUUUGCCACCUCCAUCACCUACCCAUAUAUCACUGUUAAGAGCCAAAUGCAUGUUGCCGAUGAUGGCCAGAAGCGCGAGGGUAUGACCCAGGCCAUUCGGCGAGUUAUCAAGGAAGAGGGUUAUUCCGGCCUGUAUAAGGGUAUCGGCCCUAAAGUCACCCAGAGCGUCUUGACAGCCGCCUUCCUCUUCGCUUUCAAGGACGUUCUUUAUGAGCAGACGAUAAAGCUCCGAGGCACCAUGGCCAGAAAGGCCAUCAAGGCAUAAGUACCUAAUCUACAGUUGAUAAUGCGUCUACUAUGACUUGCAUGAGCUCUGGCCUUAAACCUGUACAUAUUGUAUCUUUUGAAAUAGGAGGCUCUUGGCCUCUUGUUACUUGGGCGUAGUCCCAACAGCGUCUAUCGUAACUUGACUCAUUUUGUUGACAUUAGCACGAUUAAGAAGGGGGGGGAUGAAUGAGUAAAUCAGGAUGAAAAAGCUAGGGGAAGGGGGAAUGAGAUGU